AUGGAGGGGGAAGAAAACAGCUCACGUGCUAUUCCUGGGGCUUCGCUUGGAGGCCUCCCGACACCGGCCUCCAGGGCCAGUUUUCGCUUGGGGAGCGUCUUCAAUGGGCAGGAAAUUGGGUGGGACGAUGCAAUCGCGACGAGGAGGCGUGAAGAGGUGCGGGAAUGGGAGUCUCAAGGACCUGGCCCAGUGACGGAGGAGCAAGGAACACGAGGAAAGGAGAAGGACCCGGAUUGGAGGCCGGCUCCGGGGGAGGCGGCCGGCACGAGUGGAGGAUCGGGUGAUGAGGGUUGGGGAGGGAGAGGAGGGGGCCAGGCUGGUGGCAGUGGCGCGCGUGGCAGCGGUGCAGCAGCAAAGAGGCCACGCACGAGUGGGCCUGUGGGGUCGGGAGCUGGAGGGGCCGGGCCGGCGUCGAAUUCGCAGCCGCAGGGGGCAGCCGCGGGUGGUUCUGAGGGGUCGGGCGCAGCAAGGGCAGGUACCUCCGCCGCUGCGGCAGGUGGUGCACCUUUGGGUGGGUCUGCGGGGGCUGGAGCAAGCCAGAGGUCCGACAGGGCGGGCAGGACCCCUACCGACGAAGAGCUGGACCCAUGGACUGAGGAGGUGCUUAGGAAUGCAGAACCCGGGCUGGUUCGUGGCAUGUUCAGUGAGAAGGAUGUGAAAGAGGCUAGGAAUUGCAAGAUUUGCAAGAAGAAGAUUAGCUGGAAAGGUAGUUGCACGAGCACGGGGAAGAGACACCUCAAGAGGAGCCACUACCCCAGUCUGCAGAUCUGGUGUCGGCGUUUCAAGGAUCCAAACAAGCCAGACAACCUGACGUUUCCCGAUGGGGGAUGGGGUCCGGAUGUCCCCGACCAGACAGCGUGGCCUUGGGAGCAUGCAGCCACGUGGCCCAGGAUUGUACAGACACCAGACAGCGCAGUGACUGGCGGAUCCGAGGCUGGUGGGAGUAGGCAGAUGAGCAUGGCCGCAUUCGUCACGCCGCGUGUUCAUGGCCAGCAGCUGCGCGAGGGAUUGGUGCAGCUAUUUGCGGCAGCUGACCUUCCGUUUCGACUUGUUGAGUGUCGCGAGGUGAGUGACGCCGUUCUCUUGCCGUUUGUCAUGUUCAUCUUCUUCAAAGCAUUUGUCCAGAUGCUGAACCCGGGAGCUGCGCUACUGCUCGGCUCACGCCAUCGCUUGGCACGGGACAUGCAGGCAUACGGGGAGGCUGCUAGGGAGGACAUGCGGCAGCUACUGGUGGGUGAUGGCCUGGCGGGAAGGAUGUCCCUCACCUUUGACAUCUGGACCGGUGAGAACAACGUGGCCUUCAUGGGGGUGACUGCCCACUAUGUCACCAGCGAUUUCCAGCUGAAACAGGCUGUUGUAGACUUCAGGGAGCUUAAGGGCUCUCAUACGGGGGACUUGAUAGCCGAUGAGCUGGAGGAGGUGUUGAGGGAGUGGGGCUUGGAGAAGAUGUUGUUCGCCGUGACGUGUGACAACGCCGAGAACAACAGCAGGGCGAUGCGUCUGCUGGCCGGUGUACCUGACGCCAGGCCGGGCUCACGGCCCAGGCACCCACCACUGCUCAGUCGCUGGAGGCACUUCAGGUACUAUGGGGCUGUCUCCGUAAGGUACAACGCGCUGAUUGAUCUGCAGGAGAAGGCACAGCUCACUCCUGGCAUCUCCCCUCUGCGCUCAUCGCUGAUCACUGCUGCUCUGAGCAAGCUGGAGUGA